UAUCUUCAGCAAGUGAACCUUAAUAAGACAAAUUGCUCAAAUGGAUAACUCUUCUGUGCAGCGGAAAACAUAUCGAGGUAUCGUCACGGCUUUGUACUUCCUGUCAACUUUUGUGAUACAGACUAUCGCACCAAGUGAAUCGUUCUGGGCUGAUUGGUGGUCAUAUGAUGGUAUUUCCGGUCCGGAUUAUUGGGGUUUGCUCAAUUCAGAAUGGAGAUUAUGCAGCAAAGGGAAGUACCAAUCACCCGUCAACAUUAAUCCCAAAGUGUUGGUCUUCGAUCCUUCUCUAGCCCCUGUUCAGGUGGAUAGAAAAAAGGUCAGUGUCACAGUAAUCAAUACAGGUCAUGAUCUCUCAGUACGACUGAUGGAGGACGACCCAGUGUUCCUCCACGGCGGACCACUGGCCUAUAAAUAUAGGAUAUACGAAGUAAAGAUUCACUUCGGAAGUGAAGCCUCAAAGGGCUCCGAGCACACGGUGGGAAGCAAAGCCUUUCCUGUCGAGAUUCAAUUUCUAGCCUUCAAUGAAGAUUUAUACUCGAACAUAUCAGCAGCGGUGAGGUCUCCACAUGGCCUAGCUGCCCUGGCAGUGUUUGCGCAGAGCAACGACACUGCCAAAGGAGAAUUUAGUGCCAUUGCCAAAGUUGCGAAAAAAGUGCGUUUUAAAGGAGACGAACAGCUGCUGAAAACACUUCCUCUUCAUCGGUUACUGCCCUCAACAAAAUUGUACAUGACGUACGAGGGCUCCAUCACAUUCCCACCAUGUCACGAGGUCGUCACGUGGAUCAUUAUGAAUCGACCAAUCACAAUAACCAAAAAACAGCUUACUAUUCUGCGGGCUCUUAAUCAAGGAGAUAGAGAUGCACUUCAAGUACGCAUGGAGAACAACUUUAGAAAAACAGUGCCUUUAAGUAACAGAACAAUUAGAACCAAUAUACAGUAUAAAAAUAAAAAAGAUGACGGCUGCGCCAAAGUGAAACAGACAAAUUAUGCAGUUAACGAGCGAUUUACACAUUGACCCGAAUUUUAAAAGAAUAAAAAAGUGAAGUUGAAGUGGGAAUCAAAGAAAGACCACACAGGGAAAUGAAGCUUACGUGUACAUCUUUCCAUUAGGAUACCGUCAGUAAAAUACAAGACGUGUAGAUUACAGAUUACUACAAUUACAGUUGGAUUCUGACUUCCUGUGAAAUGUUGUCUGCGUACUGUCAGCAAACAACAGUAGCAUUGGCCCGUUCUAGAUUGCCCAAGCCUUCAACGUCAGGGACGAAGACAGGAAGAACCGAAUUAUAGACUUUCGCUUAUCCUAUCAGACAUUAUCUAUUAUCCUUAUCUGCUUCACCAUGUUAUUUUAGUGUUGCGCUACUUAUCAACAAAAGACGCUAUUUUUAUAAGAAUGCAUAUAUUGUAUCUCAUGACGUCGUGUCCUUAUAUUACAUGGUAGGCAUACAUCUACAGAACAACGAUAUGGCGACAAAAAUGUACAAGUCUAAACUGAAAGUAAAGGCGAAUAAAAGUUUCAAGA